CUCGUCCUGCUCCUAAAGGUCACGACCCUGGUGAACUCCAGCAACAAGGGGCCGUCCAAUAAGAAAAAGGGUCGCUCUAAGAAGGCCCAUGUAUUGGCUGCCUCGGUGGAGACGGCUACCAUGAACUUCCUGGAUAAAGGAGAGAAGAUCGCCAAAGAGAGCCAGUUCCUCAAAGACGAGCUCACUGCUGCCGUGGAGGAUGUCCGAAAGCAAGGUGAAUCCAUGAAGCAGGCGUCAGCAGAGUUUGCGGAGGACCCCUGUUCCUCGGUAAAGAGGGGCAACAUGGUCCGUGCUGCCAGGGCCCUCCUCUCUGCUGUCACUCACCUGCUGGUGCUGGCUGACAUGUCCGAUGUCUACAAGCUGCUGCUGCAGCUCAAACUGGUGGAGGAGAACCUAGUGAAGGUGCGUAACGCUGGAACAGAGCAGGACCUGGGCAUACAGUACAAGGCCCUGAAACCAGAGGUGGACAAACUCAACAUGAUGGCUGCCAAGAGACAGCAGGAGUUGAAGGAUGUUCACCAUAAGGAUCAGAUGGCAGCUGCCCGCGGUGUUCUCCAGAGGAACAUCCCCAUGCUCUACACCGCCUCCCGCGCCUGCCUCCAACACCCGGACGUGGCCGCAUACAAGGCGAACCGUGACCUGAUCUACAAGCAGCUUCAGCAUGCUGUCUCAGGCAUCUCUAAUGCUGCCCAGGCUACCGCCUCCGACGAUGCUGCCUUUAACCACCCUCCCGGGGGAGGAGAGCUGGCCUACGCUCUCAACAACUUUGAUAAGCAGAUCAUCGUGGACCCCCUGGCGUUUAGUGAGGAGCGUUUCCGCCCGUCUCUGGAGGAGCGCUUGGAGAGCAUCAUCAGUGGCGCCGCCCUCAUGGCCGACUCGUCCUGCACCCGUGAUGACCGGCGCGAGCGCAUCGUGGCCGAGUGCAACUCUGUCCGUCAGGCACUGCAGGACCUGCUGUCUGAGUAUAUGGGCAAU